UGACAAUUUGACAAACUGCAAGCAAACUGGGCGGCCAUUUAAUUUGUUUGUUUGAAAAUUUUAACAACAAUAUGCCGAAAAAUAUAACAAGUGAAGUGCGUGAAAUAAUUUUAAAAGUGAAGGAAUUUAUGGAUGAAGAAAAACGAAUGCAAGUACCCAUAAUACCGCUGAGUAAAGUCUACGUAAGAGUAUCCGCAGCCACAGGCGUGUCGGAGCGAACUGUUUUAAACAUAGUCAAGGAAGCUAGACUUAUUGAACAAGGAUUAUUAGACCCUGAGACUUUAAAAAAGACACCCAAAAAACGGGUUCGCACAAAGGGAAAAAUUGAAGUUGAUGAAUAUGAUUUGCAAGUAAUACGACGCAAAAUUCAUGAAUUUUAUGCCUUCAAAAAGGAGGUGCCGACAAUAAACAAGCUGUUACAAAUCUUAAAAGAUGAAAUCAACUUCAAAGGUUCAAGAGAAACAUUACGAAAGAUACUCCGAAAAAAUGGUUUUCAGUUCCGAAAAACAAAAAAUAAUAAGGAAAAAGAUCAAGUACCAGAAUCAACUUCCGCUGUCCCUCCGAUGGUACCGCCAUAUAUUCACUCCAUGUUUAGCCAUAAGAAUCUCCAAUCAUAAAUUAAUUUAUUGAUCUCAGAACUUAAAUACUGUGUCAUUAUAUAAUAAAAUCUAUUAUAUUGUAUCGGUUAAUGUAUAACAAACACCAGACAACUGUAUACCAGAAUUAAUGGUAUUAAGUUGAAUGUUGUGACUAAAAUUCUAUAAAAAUAUUUAGCUAAUAAGUAAUAAUAUUUAUGUUUUGAUUCUUUAAUCUUCACUAAACUAUAAUCUCAUGUUAUUACUAUAUUUCUUUGUAAUAUUUGUAAAAAUAAUCAAUUUAAUGUUUAGGUUUUAAUAAGUAGAAUAGUAAAUAUUGUAUAAUUGUACUUUUAAAUGUUAGGAGAACGUUUGGUUUUAGAGAACCAAAAAUUGAGAUUACUUGAAACAAAGCAUCUGGAUGUAAUUGGUACAAAUCUUUACAAAUGUCUGUAUUUUUUCAAAUAGUCAACACCUUAUAUAAAUAAUUGUAACUCAACAUAGAAAAAAAUAGAUCUUUUUUUAUUUAGGCUUUUUUCAAAAGAUAAAUCAAAGAUAAUUGAAUGGCUGGGAACUGGUGAGCAAAAACUCUCAAAAUAUGAUUUGCUUAUAUGGCAGGCAUUAUUAAUAGUGAUAAUACUACCAUAAGAAACAUUCAAGAGCACUUAAGUCACCAUGAUAGUGCUGUAUUCGCAUUUUACAGAGCUUUGAAUUUGUAAAGAAAAGUUGUAUUAAAUUAUUUCCUCAUUUCUGCCUCUGAGGAAGAUGUUAAACAUCUUUCUGAAAACAACAAAAAAUCGAAUGCAGAGUCCUAGAUGUCUACCUUAUUGACUUUCCGUUUCCAGGAUUUUGAGCUUUGGCUGAUGCUCAAAAUCAGAGGCAGAUUUUAGCAAAUUAUAUUGUACCCCUUUUUUAUUUUUAGAAAUUUUGGAACACUAUAACUCCAAUGCAGCAAUAUAGGAUUAUAAUUAACUGGACCAUCAAUUCAUAUUAAUCUGAACUAUAAUUGUUAUUGAUAUGAAACAAGCAAAUCAAAUACCAAAGUGCGCAGCUCCCGCAGCCUGUAGAGAACAGGCUUAACUAAUUCACUUUUCAAAAUUAUAUUGUUUGUUUUUUUUGCAUUAUCAACAUACAUAUUUAAGGGAAUGUCCUGACUGACUUUUGUAUGCAUAGCUCAACCUAUAAGAUGUAUAAACUUAUAACUAUAAAUUAUAAAAUUUGACAGACAUGUUUCACUAUAUAGAAGUGCACUGAGACAGAAUUUUACGGUUUUGAUUGAAAGGCUGUUGUAUAUAUUAAAAACAAAUUCAUUUUGGUAAUCAAGCUUAUAUUACUGUUGUUGUUUAAGCUAAUGGUAAUAAAUUUUACCCAUAAUAAUAAAUAUUACUGAGAUUUUUAUAUCAUAGAUUAGGUCUUUUUAGAUAUAUCGGUAUGAAACUCACAAGAAAAAUAUUCAAAAUCUAAUAUUUACAACUGAAAGAAGUCUAGUCUCUAUACAUUUAAUUAUUUUUUGUUGUGAUCAAAGCAAAUAGUUUUUUUAAUAUACUAUAGUGUGAGUUACGAUUUUAAUCAUAUUUAGUGUUGAUAUUUGAAAUAAAUACAUGAAUGUCUAGCUAUUAAUAAUAUUGUAAUGUAGUUUUAAAUUAUUCACCGCAAUUAUUUUUGUGUUAUAAAUUCAUGAGCAUUUUUUUUCAUAUCAUUAAAAUAUUACGGCCUUACUUAUAAAUGUUGCUUAGCGGGUGAUUAGUUACGCAAUGUCUUCUUCUUUCGAGUGAAAAAUCAAUAAUGACAGAAAUAGUGAAAUCAGUGUUUACUGUGUUAACUAAACUGUCGAUAAACAAUGUGUAUCGAUAGGGGCUGUUAAUGUAUAAAAUUACUUUGGUCUGUCACUAACUACUAUUAACAACAAUUUUUUAUUAAAUAAAUUAUUUGGAAUUCUAAAAUCACAGAUUUUACAAUAAUUGUAAAAUCUUCGAUCAGACAUAGGUUAUAAUUAUAUGUUAUUAUAUAAUAGGAAAGGAUCACAUGUAAACAGCAAACAUUUUUAUUGUUUAGAUCUAAAUAUACUAUUAACUAAAUCAAAUGCUAAAGUAAAAUGCAUAAAAGUUUAUAUCAUAAUA